CGGAGAAUUUUUCGUUUUAUCCAGUGUGUGAUUAUAUAUUCAAUUUUCAUUUAAGUAAAAUAUAUAAUAGUACAAAAUCCAAAACACUUGCAAUGUUUCGCGUUGGUAAAAUCUAUUGCCACAGUGCCUCCUGCAAUUCAAUCACACGGCGAAUGUCGCUCGCCAGACGACUGUUAAAUGCCCAUCAAUUGCAAACUUCUGGAGCUCCCAGCAGGGAACGUACAGCCCCAUUGUCGGCUACAUCCCAAAUAAAUGCAGCUGACAAGAUACCAAAGAAAUCACACACCAGUGACAUUGAACUGCCGACCGCUACACGUUGGCCCCGCAAAGUCUUUAGCGGCAUACAACCGACAGGUUCACUGCAUCUGGGUAAUUAUUUGGGCGCAGUGCGUAAAUGGCUGGACAUGCAGGAUGCCCACGAUAAUAUAACCCUUUGCAUUGUGGACAUGCACUCGAUUACCAUGCCGCAUAAUCCUCCCCUGCUGCGGGACAAUAUCUUCAACAUGGCAGCCACUCUGCUCGCCUGUGGUGUGGAUCCCGCUCAAUGCACACUCUUUGUACAGUCGGCGGUGAUGGAGCACUGCGAGUUCAAUUGGAUUCUCAGCUCACUGACGACGAUGCCGCGUUUGGCGCAGCUGCCGCAAUUCAAGGAGAAGUCCCGACAGGUGCGGGAUGUGCCCCUGGGAUUGUAUGUGUAUCCGGUGUUGCAGGCAGCCGACAUAAUGCUAUACAAAGCUACCCAUGUUCCGGUUGGAAUCGAUCAACUGCAGCAUAUUCAGCUGGCGCAGCAUUUGGCGCGCAACUUUAACGGACGCUAUGGUGAAAUGUUUCCGGUGUGUACUCCCGUGAUUGAGGAGGACGAUGGCUCCAGAAUAUUGUCACUGCGUGAUACAACAAAGAAAAUGUCCAAGUCCGAUCCAAAUCCCAAGGGCACCAUCAAUUUAGGCGAUUCCCCCGAGCAAAUCAAAGAGAAAAUAAAGAAGGCAAUCACAGAUUUUACAUCGGAUGUCUCCUACAAUCCUAGCAUGCGACCUGGUGUCAGUAAUCUAAUCAAUAUACAUGCCCAUGUGACGGGAACAAGCAUUGCGACUGUUGUUGAGGAGGCCAAUUCACUGGAUACGGCCAAGUACAAGGAUCGCGUUGCGGAAGCUGUUAUUGAGCAUCUGCGUCCGAUACGGGAAAAGAUUGAUAUGCAUCUGGCGAACCGGAGUGAGCUUAGCUAUAUGCUGGAAAUGGGUGCCGACAAAGCUCGACAGAUUGCCCAGCAGACGAUGAGCGAGGUGAAGCAGCGGCUGGGACUUGGCACCUUUGCCAAUGUUCCGGCCGUAGUCCAUGUGGCGCCGCUGCUGCCGGAGCACUCCAAGCUAACUGCUAGCCAGCGGUUGGCCAAGGGUGUGCUCCAUCCGGAUGUGAAUGCCCACAGUCAGCCGCACUACGAUCAACGUGUGGAGGCGGGACGUGUCAAUGCCGUCGGUGCAGUUGGUGGUGGUGCUGGCGAGGCAGCAACCGGAGAACUGGAGAUGAAUCAAAGUCUGCCGCCUUUGAGGAGAAUUGUCCAGCGUCCCAUUGUGCCCGUGCAGUCGAUGCGGGUGGAAAAGUCUCGCAAUAAAGCUGCCUCCCGACAUGUCUUCAAGCUGGACACCUUCAAUGUGCCCAAAAUUGGAUUCGGUGCACCGAGUUCGUCACUCAACAACAACAGAUACGAUCAACGUGGUCGACGCAAUGCUUCUCCAGCUGCUGAUGGUGCUGGAUUUGGUUUCUCGGCCACGUUGCCUUUGAACUCGGUGAAUAGCAUAUCCGGUUUCAAGUACGGACAGAGCACGAAUCCCAGCGCCUUGGCUUCCGUCACGAACCGUGUGAAUGCGAUUAGCAAGCACCAGGAAAUGGUCAGCAGUGUGGCAAACAGUGCCUUCUAUAAAGCAGCUGCCAGUUCUUUCAACGACAGCAGCCCCAGUGUUGUGAAUGUUGCAGCGAGCACUGUUCGCAACAAACAAAAAUCUAAUGUCACCUCAGUUGAUAAUGAAAACAGCUCAUCCUCCAAUGACCAAACCGAUGAGGAUGUGGAGCAAUCAGCGGAGCAACAGGAGGAGGAGGAGGAGGAAAGUCUGCCCAUUGCAAUGCCAGAGGCAACAAAAAUGGAAAACUAAAUGAUCCCAGCGUGAUGAACGCCUGCAAUUUGUUUUUAGUAUAGUGUUAUAAUUGUAAAAUCGCCUGUUAACUUAAUGUAUCUCCUCAAAGGGAAAAUAACAAAACGCAAGUCAUAUAUUCAAAUUU